UAAUUUCUUCUAUCUUUUUCUCUGAACUGUUGAUCUUUUGUUGUUUUUCUUCUUGAUCCUGUUCGGCUUUUUCUUCUUUCAGUUGAGGAAUUCUCACACUGUGAUCUGCUUAUAAAUCUAGUUCUACUCUUAGAGAAGCCCAGAGAUUAUUCAGUCCCAAAUAAAAAACAAGAGAAAAAAUGUCAAUGGAAAUGAUGGCAGCCGAACGUGUUUGUUAUGUUCACUGCAACUUCUGCAACACCAUUCUAGCGGUUAGUGUUCCAUGCAACAGCUUACUGACCAUAGUGACGGUUAGAUGCGGGCAUUGUGCCAAUUUGCUCUCAGUUAACGUGGGUGCUUCACUUCAAGCGUUUCCUCCUCACCAGAGUCACCCUCAGAAACAGCAUCUGACUUUUGAGGAACCAAGUAACAAAGAUCCGGGAUCAUCCUCAAAAUGCAGCAAGUUAGCCCCGUUUGAAUCGGUAGAGCAUGAGCAACUUAGGAUUCCUCCCAUUCGCCCUCCUGAGAAGAGACAACGUGUUCCUUCUGCUUAUAAUCGGUUCAUUAAGGAGGAAAUCCAAAGGAUUAAGGCUAGUAAUCCUGAUAUCAGCCACAGGGAGGCUUUUAGCACAGCAGCAAAAAAUUGGGCACAUUUCCCUCACAUUCACUUUGGACUAAAGGUGGAUGGAAACAAGCAAAGCCAAAUUGGACCAGGGGGAGGGAACUGAAAAGUCUAAUGGAUUGUGCUGAGAUAUAAAUAGAAGGCUGAGUCUCUGCCAGUUUCCUCUAUGAUUGACCUAAAUCGUGUCAAAGAAAAAAGUGAGGUUGAUCAAAUGUCUCACCCAUACACAACUGGAUAUGGGGGAGAGACACUUCUGAAAACCUGAGCCUCACAUGUUAACUAUAAUAAUUAUAACAGUAUAUUAGCUAGUUAAUCAUGUAUUGCCCUUUUUCUAUUAGUUGUUAUUGUGAAAUGAAUAUGAUUGCCGUUUCUAUGAUUGCAUUUAUCAUAACUGUUGAAGCAGUUAAGUAAACAAUACGUUGGUUCUGAUGAUGAGCCAUUUCGGUCAUAAUUUAAGAAGCUUUCAAAGUAUUCUUAUCA